CGUCUGCAUUUUCUGCGCCCGUUGGUCCUCCGAAACAUCACGAAUCGCAAGCCUUCCGUACCUGAAUCCACGGGUCGCCGAGGCAUCCCCUCGCCCCAGCCCGAAUAGCCAUGGACGUCGUCCUCGAAUUAGCAGACACCUUUCUAUUCGACCCUCUAUACGCAACGCUCCUUCCCGCUUCCACACCCUCUUUCGUCGGCAAUGCAACGAUUUCGAGCAUUAGAGAGGAGCCCACGGGCUUUGUCGUUCCUCAUGCGACCUGGCAGUACGAGCCCUCGACACAAUUCUUCUCCGUCACACCCUCCAAGUAUGCCUACAUGAGCCAAUGGACACGCGACGACUGGCGGCGACAGGCCCUGUCCUUGUACCUCAUCACAUGGCUCUUCGGUGUCCUGGUAUAUUAUGUCUUCGCAGGCGCCUCGUACUUCCUCGUCUUCGACAAGUCGACCUUCAACCACCCGCGAUACCUCAAGAACCAGAUCAAGCUCGAGAUGAAGCAAGCCAACAUCGCCUUCCCCAUCAUGGCCAUCUUCACCGUGCCCUGGUUCCUCCUCGAAGUCCGCGGAUACUCCAAGCUAUACGACACCGUGGACCAAGGCCCAGGGCUCUGGUACAACUACCUGCAGUUCCCGCUAUUCUUCCUCUUCACCGACUCGGCCAUCUACUGGAUCCACCGCGGUCUCCACCACCCCCGCAUCUACAAGCACGUCCACAAGCCGCAUCACAAGUGGAUCAUGCCGACUCCCUUCGCCUCGCACGCUUUCCACCCCGCCGACGGUUAUGCCCAGGGUCUUCCCUACCACGUCUUCCCCUUCCUGUUCCCGCUAUCCAAAUUCGCAUACGUCUUCCUCUUCGUCUUCGUCAACAUCUGGACCGUCCUGAUCCACGACGGUGAAUACGCGCACAACUCGCCCAUCAUCAACGGUGCUGCCUGCCAUACCAUGCACCAUCUAUACUUCAAUUACAACUACGGUCAAUACACAACACUUUGGGACCGCCUUGGUGGAAGCUACAGGAAACCCAACGACGAGCUCUUCCAGAAGGAACUCAAGAUGUGCCAAAGCGAGUGGAAGAAGCAAGCCGAGGCCGUUGACAAAAUGGUCGAGGAAGUCGAGGGUGACGAGAACGACCGCACAUAUGCUUCUGAGACGAAGAAGCUCCGCUAGACGUUCCUCCCGGCUGCAUAAUACUGCAGGUGGGUUGACCCUGAGACGCCGUUAUGAUUUGGGUGGGGGUUAAGGUGUAUAUAUGCUUGUGCGAUCGCAGGCCGAUGUCCAUCGGCUACCUCUUUCUGCGUGUACAUACCAUUCUUCGCGUUCGUUGCAUCAAAAGUUUGAGUAUAGCAGUCUGGCUUUGCAGAGCAAAGCCCUUGUUUGUAACAUCAUAGAACUUAGGGAGAAAGAGUCGCCUCUUGGAAUAGUAAUAGUAAUAUGGUCGACAUGCAGCAUUCAGGCCUACUGAUCUGAGUUGUUCGUGGUAGUGUGCUUAGAA